UCGAAGUCCAAGGAUCACCAAGAAUGCCUUGGAAAAAGGCUAGCCCUUUGGAAAAACGGGAACAUUGAGGAGCUUAUUCAAGAGGGCAGGACUAUACAAAGGCGUCUUGUGCAGUUCCACCGAAAAAAGGAUGCUCCCCAGAACACAGCAAAACUGUUUCCGAAGCUCGUUAUGGAAGAGCAAAUAAACUCAGCCUUGCGUUAUCUCAAUGAAAGUGAUUACGGAGGUGUCUUAUCCUUGACGGACGACGUAAUGAGGCAGCUACAGGAGAAACAUCCAAAUGCACAACUUGCUAAGUUGGGAUCCCUGUUGUUUGGCCCAGCAGAAGAUGUACACGAGUCAAUCUAUAGUGAGAUCACAGGGGGAAUGAUAAGAGAGGCAGCAUUGAGAACUAAGGGCGCUGGAGGACCAUCUAAUGUAGACGCGCACGGUUUUCAAAGAAUCCUCGCCAGCAAAUCAUUCAAGAAAUCAAGCUCGGACCUGUGCGACGCACUCGCCUUGCUUACCCGUCGUUUAUGCACAGAGUACACCGAUCCUAUGACUAUCGAACCGAUACUAGCGAGUCGCCUUAUCCCACUAAAUAAAGGCAAAAGUGAGGUCCGACCAAUAGGUGUAGGAGAAGUGUUGAGAAGAAUCAUUGGCAAGUGCGUAACGAAGGUGCUCAAGCAAGACAUAGUGGAGUCGAGUGGCUCGCUUCAGGUGUGAGCCGGGCAAAAAAAUCGGGGAGUGAGGCUGCGGUCCAUGCAGUAUAUAAUCUAUUCCAACAUGAACAGACAGAUGCUGUGAUGUUAGUAGAUGCUUCAAACGCCUUUAACUCGGUCAACCGAGCUGCCGCCCUUCAUAAUAUUCGGGUCCUGUGCCCAACGCUGGCCCCUUUUGUAAUUAACACCUACCGCCUACCAGCACGGCUGUUUGUAGCGGGAGGCAAAGAGCUUGUAUCAGCUGAGGGCACAACUCAAGGUGAUCCGCUCGCAAUGAGCAUGUAUGCCCUCAGCUUACAACCACUCAUAUCUCGCCUACAAGCAGCAACUCAAGUCAACCAAUGCUGGUUCGCAGAUGAUGCGACAGGAUGUGGGUCACUGGAUGACGUCAGGCAGUGGUGGGAUACCCUUCAAAGUUCGGGACCGGAUUUAGGAUAUUUUCCUAAUGCGGUGAAGUGUUGGCUCGUAACCAAGCCCGAGAAAGAGGAAUCUGCAAGGAAAAUCUUUGAAGGAACUGGAAUCAAUAUCACUACUGAAGGUCGCAAGCAUCUUGGAGCGGCGCUCGGUUCCAGGCCCCAUCUUGAACAGUACGUGGAUAGCAAAGUUGAUGAGUGGGUGGGGCAGGUGACAAAACUCGCUGAAUUUGCAGUUUCGCAACCUCAAGCCUCCUACGCAGCGUAUACGUUUGGCUUGAAGCACCGUUGGACGUAUUUUCUGAUAACUCUGCCGGAUAUAGAGGAUCUAUUGUUGCCUCUAGAACGUGCCAUAUCAGACACCUUGAUACCCUCUCUAACAGAGCGCACGUGUACUCAGGCAGAACGUGAUCUCCUCGCUUUGCCCGCUGAUGAGGCUUCUCUCGAAUUUACAGCUUCAACGAAGGUCUGUGGUCCGCUUGCAGAACAGAUAAAACAGCAAACGCAUGAGCUGCCGUGUGACGAUGCCGUACAAGAAGCACAGCAAGAGGCGCGCAGAGAGAAGAACGAGUACCUGAAGUCUAGAUGCGCGGAGGUGAAAAGCUCUCUACCUGUUAAUAUGCUAAGAGCAGUGGACCUUGCUACUCAGAAAGGGACUUCAAGCUGGCUUACCGUUCUGCCAUUAAGAGAGAUGAGCUUUGAUCUCAACAAACGAGAAUUCAGAGACGCUCUAGGAUUGAGAUACGACUGGGAGAUCCCCGAGACACCAUCUAUUUGCGUUUGCGGGGACACAUUCGACGCAGAUCACGCAAUGAUUUGCAAGAGAGGCGGGUUUGUAAUCCAACGCCACAACGAGCUGAGGGAUUUGGAGGCGGAAUUGCUGAGUCUGGUGUGUAAAGAUGUGCAAACGGAGCCUGUUCUACAGGACAUCACGGGAGAAGAGCUUAACAGGGGAGCUAACACCGCUCGAGACGCACGACUGGACAUUGUAGCAAGAGGUUUCUGGGAGAGGCAGAGGCAGGCAUUUUUUGAUGUACGAGUUUGCCAUGCUAAUGCUGAAUCCUAUAGAGACAUGAACAUUGACCAGAUAUUUAGGCAACAUGAAACAGAAAAGCGUCAGUACGCUACUAGAGUGUUAGAAGUAGAGCAGGCCUCUUUCACACCAUUAGUGUUUGGCUCGACAGGGGGAAUGGCAAGCGAAUGCCAACAGUUUCACUCCAGGCUAGCGGAGCUCAUUGCCGAGAAGAAGGGAGAAUUAUACUCAACAACCGUGUCCUGGAUCCGUGCAAAAGUUUCGUUCGCUAUUUUAAGAUCUGCCCUUCUGUGUCUACGUGGUUCAAGGAGCCCAAGGCGAGCACAUGUAAAUAUAUAUGACAAUGACUUUGAAAUUCAGAAACAGAGAGCAAAUAUUUUUUAAAUGUAUUUGUAGUUUUUUUUUAAUCACAAUUUUUAAUAGUAUAGCUCAAUUUUGUAAAUAAUCAAAUUCUAAUGAAUCAAGAAAAAUCAUUUAUAAAAGAAAUAUUUAGUAAUUCUAAAAUUGUAAAUUGAGUUGUUUAAGUAAGUUACAAUAAAGUUAUUAUUAUUAUUAUUAUUAUUAUUAUUAUUAUUAUUAUUAUUAUUAUUAUUAUUAUUAUUAUUAUUAUUAUUAUUAUUAUUAUUAUUAUUGUUGUUGUUGUUGUUGUUGUUGUUGUUGUUAUUGGUUUUAGUGGCAAUAAAAACACACUUCUGGACGAAAAAAGAGACUGAGAAGAGAAAGACUGAAGGGACGCUAGAAUCACAUAGAAGAAUAUGUAAACAUCACCAGCGCAGGGCUAAUGUAAGCAAUAUUCAGAAAUGUAGUUUAGAGACAUUAGCUUCAUGUUACAGAGCUGUUGUGGUCAUACUUGCUCCUCCAUAUAUAUACCGUAUUUACCCGCGUAUAAGCAGCACUUUUUAUACUCUAAAAUAACCUUCAAAAUCAGGGUGCUUUUUAUACACAGAAUGCCACCUUUUUUAAUUUGCAUAAUAAGGGAAACAAAAGAUAGUCUAUAAUUGGUCAAUUGAUCGUUUGUGUGUAUGACUAAACAUACUGGGAUGUCGAUCCUAUUUAAACUGUGCAUGGCAUCUUGUGUUGCACAAACUAAUAAUCACUUCAUGUCAACAAAAAGUCAAUGCUACACCAUGAGCGAGAAGCUAAGAAUAAUUGCCUCUGCUGAGGAAAACGGAAAUAGAGGUGCCGAAGGAGAGUUUGGAAUUUGAAUAUUGACCUUUUUUUAACUAUUUUGAGCUCAAAAUUCUGGGUGAGUCUUAUAUGCGGGUAAAUACGGUAUUCACCAGGCACAAGGACUUUUUUUGUAAUAACAGGUUUUUUGUUUGUUUUAUAUGUGCAGGAGUUCAGUUAAUCAAAUAUGGGUUAACUGUGAAAAAUCAUAAUGGUUUCAUCUUUUUUUAAAUUUAGAAACUGUACUGUCGCCAAGCAGCCAAAAGGAGAAGUGGGAGAAAGUCAUGACCAUAGACUACAUGUCAUCAGAAGAGAGUGGCGAGGAAAAAAGUGAGAAUGGAGAGAGGCGGGUGUUUUGGCAGUGAAACCCCUGGCUUGGGAAAGGAAAGAACUAAGAAGAGGGAAGCAAGAGCUGGAUAGAAAACAUGUGGCAGGACUAACUAAACGGGCCCUGCAGAAGCGUCUACGAAGAGUAAGGAGCGUAGAGUUUUCAGCCCGCCCUCGUCUAACAGCCAAUGCAAGCAAAUUUUUCGUUAUUGUUUUUUUUAUAAAACUUCAAAAAACAUAUAUAGAGCACCCACAAAUAACAAAAAUAUUGUAAAUAUGUUAUAGUUGCUGUAAAGAAACCAGAGCAUUGAUUGUGUGUAAUUCUAUAAAAAAGUGUUUAUUUCAAUAAAAUUAUUGAAAGGCA